AUGGACUUAUUGGCAGAAAUGAAAGAGAACCAGCGUCUAUUUGACAAUGGUGAAAUCAAUGAGAGUGAAUAUAACGAACGUCGAAUAUUAAUACUAGAAAGAUCUAUCGGUUCAAUUGAAACAAAGAAAUCUGAUUCUGGUGUUGUUAGUAAAUCGAAAGAUAUUAGCUUGUAUGAAGUUCUCCAAUUAAGUCCAAACGCAACUGAUGCAGAAAUUAGAUCAAGCUACAGGAAACUUGCUUCUAAGUACCAUCCUGAUAAAAAUGGUGGCGUUGAAUCUAAAGAGUGGAAUAAGCUUUUAGAAGCAUACAAAAUUCUUUCAGAUUCGAAUAGCCGUUAUCUUUAUGAUAACUGUGGAUCAAUAAGCAAUUCCUUAGAAACUAAAACAUCACUCAACCCCUAUGUUGGAGGUGACGCUUGGCAACCUUACAUUGGUAACUUAGAAACUGGUCUUUGGAUAUUCUCAUUUACAAGCAAUGGCAGCUCUCCUGAAUUGGAUCUUAUGAAUACGGCUGAACAAAAAAAACAACGUCGCACCAUUCGAAUAUCCAAUAUUGUCCGUUAUCUACAAGACAAACUUACUCAAUUUCCAAAGCAAGACAAUACUUCAGAACUCGAAUCACAUAUGGAAAGCCUUCGUCAAGAAGCUUUGAAGCUUUCUAAAGAAUCUAAUGGCAAAGAGUUGCUAUUCUUCUUAGGAGAGAUCUAUGUGUCUAAGGCUCAGACAUAUCUAAAAUUCUCUACGGUGGACACUAAAUUUAGCUUUUUUAACAAUUUUAAGUUUUUCGUGGACGUAGUUUCUGGAUACUUGGCAGUUAAAACUAAGAAUGGUCAGAAAAUGAACCAAGAUGAGAUAAGUAAAGUAAUCUGGAAACUUUCGCGGUCUGAAAUAUCAUCCAUCGUCUGUGAAUCCUGUGAUGAAGUUCUAAAUGACAGAACUCAUAGUGAUUUGGAUGGAAGUUAUCAUCUCGCAAAUUCUCUUCUUCAAUUAGGCAAAUUGUGGUUGGAA